GGCUAAAUAAACUGGACAAUUUCAUCAUUCAAAGGAUCUUCCUGCUGCUCUGAUUCUGAUGUGGACUUGUUGGGUGAUGAGAUUGAUGGCAGCCCUGUCUACAAAUAUGUUGACAGUCAACAUGUUACUGAGUGUCUUCUUUCUUCCAGGUGCUUUGCCUGCUUGUCCUGAAGAUUCAGACCUCUUCAUCACUGCACCGCGGAACAUGAAAGCACUGAGUGGAUCUUGUUUGCAAAUCCCGUGUAACUUUAGAGCUAGAGUAGCAAGAGAAUUUGAUGGAAGCAGAACAACCUUCGGAGCGUGGAUUAAAAGUAACCACAGAUUUUGGGACAGUCCAAACAAUGAGAUUUUCAACAGUCGUCUGACGGUUAACACAUAUCCAAUGAAAAUUACUGGAAACUUGAAAGAGAAAAACUGCACCACUCUAUUUUCCAAAUUAAUCAAAACAUAUACAGACAAAUACUUCUUCAGAAUUGUGAAUGAGCCAUUUAUGACAACAGCUAUUUGUGAUCCUCUUCAAAUAACAGUCACAGAUUCUCCUCCGAGCCCCACAAUUGAAAUCUCAGGUGAGCUGAAGGAGAAGGAGUCUGUCACUAUAACCUGCUCAGCUUUCACUCCCUGUCCACACUCCCCUCCUAAACUCACCUGGAAUCUCCAACAAGACGCUCACAACAAAAUAGAGGAGAACACAGAUCAAACCUUUACCACUAAAAUCCAGAAGACCAUCACUCUGUCUGACAAGCAGGAUGGAUACACCAUCACCUGUUCUUCCAUCUACUCUGUGAAUGAAGGACAAAAUGUUAAGUCAGCAGAGGAAAAACAGUCUCUCAAUGUUUCAUAUGCUCCUAAAGACACCUCAGCAAUGAUCAGUCCAUCAGGUUUGGUGUCACCAGGUAGCUGGGUGAACCUGACCUGCUCCAGCAGAGCCAAGCCUGCCGCCAACUUCACCUGGUUCAAGAUCAACAAAGAUGGACUCAUGAAAGUAUCUGAAGGAGACUUCUACAGCUUCAAUGUGACAGAUUUACUAGAAGUUUAUUACUGUUUGGCCACAAAUGAUGUUGGUCAUCAGAUGUCAUCAGAGAUCCAUCUGACUAUUAAAGAUUCUCCUCCGAGCCCCACAGUUGAAAUCUCAGGUGAGCUGAAGGAGAAGGAGUCUGUCACUAUAACCUGCUCAGCUUUCACUCCCUGUCCACACUCCCCUCCUAAACUCACCUGGAAUCUCCAACAAGACGCUCACAACAAAAUAGAGGAGAACACAAAUCCAACCUUUACCACUAAAAUCCAGAAGACCAUCACUCUGUCUGACAAGCAGGACGGAUACACCAUCACCUGUUCUUCCAUCUACUCUGUGAAUGAAGGACACAAUGUUAAGUCAGCAGAGGGAAAAGUGACUCUCAAUGUUUCAUAUGCUCCUAAAGACACCUCAGCAAUGAUCAGUCCAUCAGGUUUGGUGUCACCAGGUAGCUGGGUGAACCUGACCUGCUCCAGCAGAGCCAAGCCUGCCGCCAACUUCACCUGGUUCAAGAUCAACAAAGAUGAACUCAUGAAAGUAUCUGAAGGAGACUUUUACAGCUUCAUUGUGACAGAUUUACUGGAAGUUUAUUACUGUUUGGCCACAAAUGAUGUUGGUAAUCAAACGUCAUCAGAGAUGAAUCUGACUAUUAAAGUAAAACCAAAGUCGGCGGAUCUUGGAGGAAUGGUUGGGAUCAUCGUACUCAUCUUCCUGGUUGUCAGUGUGUGCACUAUCAUGUUUGUCAAGUGGUUUAAGUCGACACAUCCACAACAGACUGAGAGUCAAACAGGUGAAGACGAGCUAGCUAAAACAGAAGAAGAAGGGAUCCAUUAUGGAGAGAUCAACUUCUCCAAGCAGAGACCUGGACAGUCCUCUGACUCAGUGCAGGCCAGCAGAGAGCAGCAGGAUAUUGUGUAUGAACAGGUCAAAGUGUCCGAGCCAACAAACACAUUCACACAGACUGCUGACGGCCCAGAGGAGCUGUAUGCUCAAGUGAAGAACAAAUGAGAGUUGUUUUGUUGUUUAAAGACAGAUUACACUUAGAUGCAAUUUACAUUAAACAUCACUUUAUUUAUUUAUUCAUUCAUGCAUUCAUACAGGUUAUUUUAUGUCAGGAACAGAUACUGAAGCGUUGAUAGAAAACCUUCACUCUUCACAGUUCAAUGAAGAGAAGUUCAAAACUUACUCAUCCUGCAACUUUUUUCAUUUCUGUUAUCAAUAUGUUCAGUUACAUGUGUGCUGACAUAGCAUAGCUGUUUUAUUAUUAGUCAUGUAUAUUUCAGAUAUGGACCAAAGCUCCAAAUAGGGAACAAGUCUAAAAAAAUGCAGUGAGCGUGACACCAGAAGCAGUUCAGCACACACAGCAGCAGCGUAGCACAAGAUUAGAUUGAAACAUAAGUUGUUUCUGUGUCAUUUUGUUUUGUGAUAUUUUAAUAAGGCAAAAAUUAUUCUGUACACUUUUUGCUGGAUGUGUUUUGUUUUUAACCUCUCCUCUCUAUUUUACCUUGUGUUAUUUAUAUGAAGAAAACAAUUUUAGUGUUUUAUUCCUUUUUACUGCUACCUUUUGUUUAACCUUUUAAUUCACAUUUGGACCCCUCUGUUUCUCUGGACCACAGAGCUGACCACCUGAUGAGAUCACUUGUUUGUAACAAGGUGUGAAGUAUUUUAGGAAACAAUGAUCCUCUCUGCUCUGUCCAUGUGCACUUUAACAAUCACUUUUUUCAUGCUCUUAAAACUAAAUGUUGUAUACUUAAAAGACUUUUUUUUUUUUUUAAAUAAAUCCUUCUACAUGAUAUAUAUUGUAUAACUAUUCUCAUUAUGCAUUUAUUUGUAUUUUGAUUAGUUUACAUUAAAGAUGACAAAACAGUUUUUUUUCUGAAUAAAAACAUUUAUUCAACCACCUC